AUGUCAACUGAAAUUGAUGCUUUUGCUCUUAAUCACACUUUUGAUUUGGUUCUUUGUCAAGCUCACUUUAAUGUCGUUGGUUGUAGAUGGAUCUACACUAACAAGUUUCUUUCUUCUGGUGAACAUAACAGGUGUAAAGCAAGGCUUGUUUCUAAAGGAUACAAUCAGAAAGAAGGACAAGACUAUAUCGAGACCUUCAUCCCGGUUAUCAAAGCAACGAUGAUCCACAUUGUACUCGAUUUUUCCGUCUCCCAAUCGUGGCCUCUUCUCCAACUUGAUGUCAACAAUGCAUUCCUCCAAGGCACAUUGACAUAUGAAGUGUACAUGGAGGAACCGCCAGGAUUUGUUGAUGCUGAUCACCCCUCAUACGUUUGUCGACUCAACAAAGCUGUGUAUGGUCUGAAACAAGCACCGAGAUCCUGGUACAAUGAGCUGAGCACCUUUCUUCUCAGCCUCGGAAUUAUCAAUUCACUAGUUGAUCCCUCGCUGUUUAUGCUCAGAAGUGUGCCCCCCAAAGAACUGGGAGGCAAAGUCGUGGUCUGGAGAGGGCAAACGACUGUCAGGGACACUCCACUCGACUGGGUUCGCCUCACUCGAUCGAGCUUGCGGUUCCUCUUCUUCCUCUUCUUCCUCUUCUUCACCGAAGCGGUUAUAGGGAGUCCAGAGAGUCUGAGAGAAGUCUUGGUAGGGUGUUGGAUCGUACUCGAAUCCGGCGUCAUCAUAUAG